AUGAAGGAUGAGCCGGAUUGGUUGUUUACUGCCAUAUAUGCUAGCCCGCAAGAGUGUCUUAAGAAGCUGUUGUGGGAUGAGUUGAAGAGUUUAGCUAGUAAUAUUAAUGUUCCGUGGAUGGUUGCUGGAGAUUUCAACGAUAUAGCUCAUAUAUCCGAGAAGAGAGGUGGCGUUCUGGCGGCAACGAAUCGGUGUGGGUUGUUUAGGAAGAGAAUGAAUGACUGUAUGCUAAGUGAUCUGGAGUCUCAUGGUCCAAAGUUUACUUGGAGAGGGCCAGUUUUUCAAGGUGGUCAACAUAUCAUUGAGAAACUUGACAGAGCCAUGAGUAAUGACUUGUGGAGAGUCCAAUUCCCUGAUGUUAUCGUGAAAGUGCUAGUGCGUGUUGAUUUUUCGGAUCAUCAUCCAAUCCUUAUAAAUUUGAAAGAAGAGUAUGUGGAUCCUAUAAAGAAGCCUUUUAGAUUUGAAAAUGCAUGGUUAAUGCAUGAAUCUUAUCAAGCAAUGUUGCAAAGCUCUUGGAGGAAAGACCAAGACGUUACGUUAAACCAUAACAAUAUCCAGGCCGGAAUUGAGAGUUGGAAGUUUGAGACUUUUGAUUAG